AUGCUGCUUCAUCUUUUCACAGCUCUGGCCCUUGUGCUGUUGCCUGCUGACCGCAGCGUCGCGGCCAUCGGCGGCGGUGGCGGCGACGGCCAGUUCGUCUACAACGGCUUCGAGGGCGCGAACCUGUCCCUCGACGGCGCGGCCACGGUGACGCCGAACGGCCUCCUGAUGCUGACCAACGGCAGCCUCCAGAUGAAGGGCCACGCGUUCCACCCGUCUCCGCUGCCGUUCCGGGACGCCGCGCGGUCCUUCUCGGCCACCUUCGUGUUCGCCAUCUACGGGCCGUACGCUGACCUGAGCAGCCACGGCCUGGCGUUUUUCGUCUGCCCGGACAAGGAACUGCUAUCCACCGCACUACCUGGCCAGUUCUUGGGCCUCCUCAACGACACCGACAACGGCAACCGGAGCGCCCGCAUCUUCGCCGUGGAGUUUGACACGCUCUUCAACGCCGAGUUCCACGACAUCAACAGCAACCACGUUGGCGUAGACGUCAACUGCCUGGAUUCGCGCGUUGCUGCGGACGCCGGGUACUACGACGACGGCACCGGGCAGUUCCGGAACCUGAGCCUCAUUAGCCGGAAGGCCAUGCAAGUUUGGGUGGACUACGACGGCAGGGCCAUGCAGAUCACGGUGACCAUGGCCCCUUCUGGAAGUCACUUGUGGACGAAUGCCAACUGA